CAGCCUGACAGCUCCAGUCAGUCCAAAGUCAAAGCAUCAUAAAAAUCUCCAUCAGUCAUAGGAGAGACGUGUUUCCUUCUUCCUUAUACUGAGUUGGAUUCUAAACUAGAUCGAGUCAGGAGGCUUCAUGAAGAUCACAAACUAAAGGAUUGGGCAGCAGCAAAUAUAUUGACUGUCUCAUAAUGCUGAGAAAGGGGGAGUGGGUCUGGGUGGACUCGGACAUUGGGGUGCCCAUCGGAGCCAGGGUCAAAGAAACUCCAGCGGGUCAGAGGUUACUGUUGGACGACGAGGGAAAUGAGCGACGUCUGUCCAUAGAGGAGGAGCAGGAGGCCGCUCUUAGGAUCAUGCACCCGACAUCUGUGGAGGGGGUGGAUGACAUGAUCAAGCUCGGUGACAUGACGGAGGCUGGCCUCCUGAGGAACCUGUUGAUCAGACACAGACAAGGCAUCAUAUAUACCUACAUUGGCUCGGUGCUAGUUGCAGUGAAUCCAUACAAGACAUUUCCAAUAUAUUCAACAGAGCAGGUGAAGUUAUAUCACAGGCGAAAGCUUGGAGAACUGCCCCCGCACAUCUUUGCCAUCGCUGAGAGCUGCUACUUCAAUAUGACACGCCACCACAGAAACCAGUGUUGCAUCAUCAGUGGGGAGUCUGGAGCGGGGAAGACAGAAAGCACCAAACUCAUCCUUCAGUACUUGGCAGCAGUCAGCGGAGAGCUCUCCCAACAGCAGAUUGAAAAGCAGAUUCUGGAGUCUAAUCCAGUUCUGGAAGCUUUUGGUAACGCAAAAACAAUCCGCAACGACAACUCCAGUCGCUUUGGGAAAUACCUUGAGAUUUUCUUCAACAGAGAAGGAGUGAUUGAAGGAGCUCGGGUGGAGCAGUACCUCCUAGAGAAGUCCCGCGUGUGCCAUCAGGCUUUAGAAGAGCGAAACUACCACAUAUUUUACUGCAUGUUGGCAGGAAUCACGCCAGAGGAGAGGAAAUCUUUAAGCCUUGGCUAUGCCAAGGAAUAUAACUUCCUUACAAAGGGUGGCUGCAUCGUGUGCGAAGCCAGAGAUGACAAUAAGGACUUCACCCGUAUACGGUCGGCUAUGAAAACGUUGACCUUCUCUGAAAGCCAAUUCCAGGAAAUCCUCAGGCUGCUGGCAGCCAUAUUACACCUGGGAAACAUUCGCUUUGAAGCCUCCAUUGAAAACAACCUGGAAACCAGCGUGGUGGCCAAAUCUCAGCAUUUCAGCAACGCAUCAUCGCUGCUGGAGGUCCAGAGAACGUCUAUGGCGACGAGUUUGACCCAUCGCUCCUUCAUGACCAACAGAGAGAAAGUGACCAAACCCCUGAGCUCCGAACAGGCCACUGAUUGUAGAGACGCUGUCGUUAAGGCGAUCUACAACAAGCUGUUCACAUGGAUCGUUAGGAAAAUCAACAGCACCAUUUACGAGAAGCUGAGCAGCAAACACAAAUCCUCCUACCUGUCCAUCGGCCUGCUGGAUAUAUUUGGCUUUGAGAACUUCCAAACAAACAGCUUUGAGCAGCUUUGCAUUAAUUUUGCCAACGAGAAGCUGCAGCAGUUCUUUGUGGCCCACAUCUUCAAGAUUGAGCAAGAAGAGUACCUGAAAGAGGGCGUUGUGUGGGACAACAUCAAAUAUAGUGACAACCAGAACAUCCUCAACCUUCUGGCAGUGAAACCCUGUAACGUGCUGGCUCUGAUUGAUGAAGAGACUCUGUUUCCUAAGGGUUCAGACGCCACUCUGCUGACCAAAAUGAACAUUCAGCACAAUGGAAACAAAAUCUACAUCAACUCUAUAAGUGAACAUGAUGCAGAGUUUGGAAUAAGACACUUUGCAGGCCUGGUUUACUAUGACACUAAGGGGUUUUUGGAAAAGAACAGAGAUGCUGUCAGUUCCGACAUAAUCAAGAUGAUUGACAUGUCCACCAACAAGCUCCUGCGACAGAUUUUUGAGAACGAGCUUUCCACCAACGGAGUGAAGAAUACCAAAAACUCCAAUGUCAUCAUGACGCCCAAAAGCACUCUGCGGGGUCAGACUGACAACCGUAAACAAGUGCCAACGCUGAGCGCUCAGUUUCGUCUGUCUCUGGAUUCCCUCAUGAAGGCUCUCUCUGCCUGCCAGCCUUUCUUCAUCCGCUGCUUCAAGCCCAACAACAGCAAGCAGUCUGAGAUGUUUGACAGAGAGCUGUGCAUGCGUCAGCUCAGAUACUCCGGGAUGAUGGACACAAUUCGAAUCAGGAAGCUGGGAUUUCCUGUGCGACACACCUUUGAGGACUUCCUGACCCGUUACAGAGUGUUCAUGAAGUCGAACAUCUGUGACCCCAGAACCAGUGGAGCUGGAGCCUGUUGUGAGGCUAUCUGCAAGGCUGUGAUUAAAGGAAAAGAUGAGUGGAAAAUAGGAAGCACCCAAAUUUUUCUCAAGGAUGCUCAUGAUGCUGCUCUGGAGAAACUGCGGGAAGAAGAGCUGAGCAGGGUGGCUGUGGUGAUCCAGAGGGUCAUGCUGGGACACAAACACAGGAAGUCUUUCCUGGAGAAGCGACGGGCAGCUUUGGUGUUGCAAAAAAAUUGGAGAGCUUACAAACAGAGGAUGGAUCUGAAAAAGCUUCAGCAAUGUUUUGCACGUUUGGUGUCAACAAUCCGAAGUCAGAAGCUUCAGUCUGAAUACCAGAAACAGCGAAAAGCAGUGAUCAUCAUGCAGACACAGGUGCGGGGCUAUUUGGUAAGGAAAGACUAUAAAAAAACGAGGCAACAAUUGGCAGAACAGGCACUUCUCCAAGAACAGAUGGUUGCAGAACUUCAGCAGCGACUGCAACGAGUUGUUUCUGAGCAAGAAAACAAAGAACCAGAAUCGGGUGAUGAGCCGGAAUUGAUGGAGCCAAGAAAACGAUGCAUUUCUGUGGAAAGCCUGGUUGAAGAACUCGUUUUUCCCGAGGCUGAAGACGAACAAAAACCCGAACAAAAGUCAUCAUUUCUACCCAUCCAGCCACAGUUUCAGGCUAUUGAAGAGCCAGAUGAGCAACCCUCUAAGAGCUCAGCGCCCUCUAUGGCAAUUGUCAUUACUCCAGCUUCUCCAUCAAUAACCCCAACAAUCUCAAUGGACGAUGAAGACGACGAGGAGUUUUAUGAUGAGUUUGAUGAUGAGAGUGGCUUGUUUUCUUUUUAUAACUUUAGUAAACAGCACUUCCAGAACGAUGUAGAUCACAAGCACACCACCUUGAGAUUGAAGGAGUCCCUCCUGCAUCAUGAGGACGAGGGGGAUGCACUGGCAAGUCUGACAGUGUCGUGGAUUAUUUUGCGUUUCAUGGGGGACGUGCCAGAACCAAAAUCAUCUGACUCUAUAUCGCAAAUCUCGAGCACCACUGCCCAAAGCACAAUCUCCCAAAUUCUGCCUCACAGUAAGGGCCGGAGGCUGAGCAGCCUGGUGGGAUUGGACCAGAAAAUACUGCGGAGGAAGAAAAAAAACAGCAGCGCAAACAGAAAAGCGUCAGCUAUUCCUGAAGAGCCAGAGAACUUCACAGAUAAUGAAGACCUUUUGAUUGGAGAGGGACCGACGCUACAGCGACCUCUUACAGCCUUGGAAAAAUUGCACAUCAUUGUUGGAUAUGCUUUGUCAAGACCAGGCAUACGAGAUGAAAUCUACUGUCAGAUCUGUAAGCAGCUGGUCAACAACAGGAACAAGAGGAGCCGCAUACAAGGCUGGAUUCUCCUCUCUCUGUGUCUCGGGAUCUUCCCUCCAUCAGACCUCUUCAAGAAGUAUUUGGAAAAAUUUCUUCAAAGAGGCCCAGAAGGUUACAAUGAAUAUUGUACGAAGCGCCUGCGUCGCAUUAUUGCUAAAGGAGAGAGAACUGAGCUGCCCUGCUGGAUCGAACUACAGGCUGCCAACAAGAAGGAGCCCAUUGAUGCAUCUGUGACACUGAUGAACAAUAACUCAGUCAGUGUCCAUUUAGAUUCAGUCUCCACUUCUGCUGAUAUCUGCCAGGCUGUGGCGGACAAGAUUGGACUCAAAGACACCUACGGGUUCUCGCUGUACAUCAACUUCCACGAGAAGGUGUGGUCUCUGGGCAACUGUGGGAAGCACGUGUUGGAUGCAGUGUCUCAGUGCGAGCAGGAGAUGAGGAGGCAGGACAAGGAGGAGAAGGACACUCCCUGGAGCCUCUCCAUCCGCAAGGAAAUCUUCUCCCCGUGGCACGACUCCUUGCUGGACCACGUCAGCACAGAACUCAUCUACAGGCAGCUCAUCAAGGGCAUCAAGUCUGAGGAUUACAUCAGUGAGAAGGAGGAUGAAUACAUCAAGCUGGCUGCGAUGCAUUAUUACAUCCAGUUUGGCUCAGAGCUCAACAAAGACAAUGUGAGGCAGGUGGUUCUGGAUUGCAUCACCACUACACGCAUCGAGAACAAAUCUUUGACCAAAUGGAUCGAACUCAUCACCUCAGCUCUCUCACAGAAGUUGUACAUCAACGGGAACCAGAGAGCAGAGCGAGUCAAAGGAGAGCUGGUUGACAUUGCCCGGCAGAAAUGGCCCCUGGACUUUUCAAAGUUUUUUGAGGUUACAAUGAUAUCAGGACCUCCUCUGCCCAAAAGCAGGUUUAUUGUGGCUGUAAAUGGCAACGGCAUUGUCUUCAUGGAGAGAAAAGAGAAGAAACUCCUUGACAUUCCUUACAUCGAGGUUAAGAAAGUCACCAUGACGAGUAACAAUCAGCAGUCCAUGAGUUUGAGCACAGUCAGAGGAGAGUACACAUUCAGGUGUGCGGAAGCUGCCGACAUGACUAAUCUGAUGGUGUUCAACGUGGAGGGGCUGAGACAGCGCUCAGAAUUUGCGCUGGUGCAGCAGGACGUCAGUAAACAAGAUGACCCCAUGUUUCUGAUCUGUAAACGGGGUGACCUGCUGCUGGUGGACAAAGACGGACAACAGGCACCGGAUGAGAAAUGGAUCAGAGCUACCAACCAGCGGACCAACAGCAGCGGUGCUGUCUAUAAGAAUAAUGUGCAGUUUCUACCAACUCUUACUAAACCAACGGAAGAAGUGCUGCAAGUGUAUCAUCCAAAGACAAGGAGAGAAUCUCUUGCACUUGUCAUCACUCAGGGAGGAGAAACAGUGGCUCCCAUUUCUUUAAAAGAGUUUGCAAUGGAGAAUUUCAGGCAGACUAAUAAAGAAGGUCGUCACGGUGCCAAAGGAGUCAACAGAGAGAAGCUGUGGGCAUUUUCCAGAGAGCCUAUCAAACAGCCACUCCUGAAAACUUUGGUUCACCGCUCUGACCUCAGCAGCCAUGCUUGCAGUGCUUUCACUGCUAUCUUGAAGUACAUGGGCGACUACCCCAUCAAGCACGCUCGCAGUCCACUAGAGCUGACCGACCAAAUCUUUGGUCCUGCCAUGCAGCAUGUUGAACUACAGGAUGAAAUCUACUGCCAGAUUAUGAGACAGAUGACUAGUAACAGCAGCAGGUUGAGUGUAGAGCGUGGAUGGCAGCUGAUGUGGCUGUGUUCGGGCUUGUUCCCGCCCAGUCCAAAUCUGAAAAGACACGUGGAAGACUACAUGGAAUCACGACCCAGAGACCAGCUGGCUGCCGGCUGCCUACAAAGACUGCAGAAUGUAUGCAGUAGGGAGCCAAGGAAGCUGCCCCCACAUCAAGCCGAAGUGGAGGCCAUCCAGCAGGACAGCACCAAGAUCUUCUACAAAAUCCACUUCCCAAACGACACAAGCGCUCUAUUAGAGGUAUCUUCAGCAACCACCAUCAGAGAGCUGCGUUUCAGUGUCGCCUCCCACCUUGGCCUGACCUCAGCUAAUGGAUACGGCCUGUACAUGAAAACAUCACAAAAGUUGACCAGCCUCGAUGAGGACAAGUAUUUCUUCGAUAAUCUAAGGCAGCCCAUUGAGCUUCCUAAAAAAGUCAAAAAAGUGAAAGAAGGCAAUCUGAUCAGCAUGCCAUGCCUGGUGAUGUUCAAGAGGAAACUUUGGUUCAAUGUGAUCCCUGGGAAAGACCCGAUUGCAGAUCUAACGUUCCACUUCCCACAGGAAAUGCCCAGGUACCUGCGGGGAGACCACGACUGCAGCAGAGAGGACAUGAUUACUCUGGGCGGGCUGCUGUUCAGAGUUGCGGUGGACUCCGAUCGGUCCCAGUUUGUCAUGAUCCCCAGAAUGUUGAAUAUGCUGGUUCCUGCUGACCAGAUAGAACUCAUGUCUGUUGAGGAGUGGAAAAAGAACAUCAUCUCUUCGUACAACAGGCAGAGCGGCACGACUGUGCAAGAGGCCAAAACAUCCUUCCUGAGACACAUUUCAAGCUGGCCAACUUUUGGCUGCGCUUUCUACGAAGUUAAACAAACGUGUGAACCCAGCUAUCCAAAUCCUCUUAGGGUUUCCAUCAACAAAAAAGGUGUAAGCCUCAUAAACCCAAAAACAAAGGGGCUGGAGGUGAUGCACCGAUUCAGCGACAUCCUAGAAUACAGCAGUAAAGGCAACGUUUUUCAGAUGACCAUCCGAACCCUGGUGGGGGGCAUGAGCUUCGUUUGUGAAAGUCCUCAGGCCUACACGAUGGAGGACCUUAUUAGAUCGUAUGUCAGGAUGUAUGAGGAAGAGAAGCAAGUCAAUCGAUCGAGAUACAUAUUCUCCUGAGACUUCACUGGAGAAAAAGUGACUGAGCCGUUAAGGUUUAUGUUCUUCCUAACUUUAAACCUUUUGUUGUUGUUUUGCAUUUGUAAUAAUUUAAUGACAAAACUGUAUCUUAAACAAAAUGCUUUAUUAAAAGAACAGUGAUAUCCAAA